UGCUGUGUUGUUGUGUCUCUCAGAUGAAAUGUUUCGUCUCCUGCAGCAAAAAUGACUUCAGUUCAGGCUUUGAGAGAGUUUAUCAACGAGCGACUGACUGCUGCUGCUGGAGAAAUAUUCACCGUGUUUGAACAAACUAUCGUCCAGUUCGAGGAGGAGAUUGAUCGACAACGCAGACCUUUGGAAACCAGCUUCAACAGAGCAGAGAGUCCACAGCAACACAUUGUUGAGCAGAAGACGAUCUCCAGCCUGAAGCAGGAGGAACAUGAAGCUCCACACAUUAAAGAGGAGGAGGAUCCUGUUGAGGCGUCUGUUCCUGAUGGUGAAAGAGAGAAUUCCCUCCACUCUGUGAGAGACUCGACCACCCAGAGACUGACUGCUGCUGCUGUGGAAAUAUUCACCCUGUUUCAACAAACGAUCGUCCAGUACAAGGAGGAGAUUGAUCGUCAGCGCAGACUGCUGGAAAUCACCUGGAAUCCUCAAAUCCAGCUACACAGAACAGGGCGGCCACAACACCGUGACUGCAGGAAGAAGCAGCUUUUUAAACAAGAAAAAAACGACUGUCUGAAGCAGGAAGAACCAGAACCUCAACAGAUUGAGGAACACGAGGAACUCGGUACCAGACAGAAGAGAGAGCAGCUGAUUGUGCAUUUUGAAAAUGGUUCCUUUCUGAUUCCUCCUGUUGAGGAGCACAGUGACCUGAGUGAACCAGAAGAAGCACCGGACACUGAGCAGUUCCUCUCUCAGGACUCUGAAGUCAAACAAAAGGAGACCGACUCAGAACUAAUGAGAAGAGCAGAGCUGAGAAACAUCAGCAUGUUUCACAGUUACUGUUCGACCAGCGUUCCCGUGUCAGAGAAGCAGACUGAAUGUGAAAAGCGUCCUGAAAAGAGUCCUGAAAAGCCUCCUGAGAAGCUCAUCUGUGAAACAUGUGGCAGAAUUUUGAGCAAUCAGGCUAGUUUCAAGAAACACAUGAAAAUACACACAGCUGAGAAGCCGUACUCUUGUAAAAUAUGUGGGAAACGUUUCCUUGAAAACUGUAAUUUUUUGCGCCACAUGAAAGUUCACACAGUUACCAAGCCAUAUUUCUGUGAAACGUGUCGGAAGGGUUUCCGUGCGCACAGUACGCUUCUGUUCCACCAGAAAGUCCACGCAGCUGAGAAGCCGUUGUCUUGUGAAACAUGUGGGAAAAGUUUCAGUGAAGACAUUCACUAUAUACACCACGUGAGAACUCACACAAAUAAGCCGUACUCUUGUGAAACAUGUCGGAAGAGUUUCCGUGAACACAGUAAGCUUUUGCACCACAUGAAAACUCACAAAGUUAAGAAGCCGUUCACUUGUGAAACAUGCGGCAAAGGUUUCAGUCAUAACAGUAGUCUGUUUCGCCACAUGAAAAUUCACAGUGACGGUGUGAAGAACGUUCCUGCGUCAGAGAAGCAGGCUGAAUGUGAAACGCCUCUCUCUGUGCAAACAUCUGGUGAAACUGUCCGUCACAAACAUGAAUCAGGAAUGAAUCAGGAAGUAGAAACGGCCACUGAUGAGAAAAUUUGUCAAACAUGUGGCAAAAGUUUCAGUACGCGAAGUAAUUUUUUGGUCCACAUGAGAAUCCACACAGGUGAGAAGCCGUAUUCUUGUGAAACAUGUGGGAAAAGUUUCAGACAACGGCGUUAUUUGAGGUGUCACAGAAGAAUCCACACAGGUGAGAAGCCGUAUUCUUGUGAAACUUGUGGGAGACAUUUCAAAGGAAGCAUUGAUUUGUGGAAUCACAGAAAAACUCACACAGAUAAGAAGCCACAUUCUUGUACAAUAUGCGGCAAAGGUUUCAUUAAACGAGCUAAUUUCUUGCUCCACACAAGAACUCACACAGGUGAGAGGCCAUAUUCCUGUGAAACAUGUGGGAAAGGUUUCAUUCAACAAGGUAAUUUUUUAGUCCACAUGAGGACUCACACAGGAGAGAAGCCGUAUUCAUGUAAAAUAUGUGGGAAAUGUUUCAGUCAGAACAGUAGUUUGAGCGUGCACGUGAGAACUCACACCGGUGAGAAGCCGUAUCCGUGUGAAACGUGUGGGAAACGUUUCAGUCACAAGGUUGGUUUGUUGCUCCAUGUGAGAGUUCACACCGGUGAGAAGCCGUAUUCUUGUGAAACAUGUGGGACUCGUUUUGGACGGCGAUACACUCUACUGGUGCACAUGAGAACUCACACAGGCGAGAAGCCGUAUUCCUGUGAAACCUGUGGGAAAAGUUUCAGUCAGAGCAGCACUUUGGCUGGCCACAUGAGAACUCACAGGUGAGAAGCCUGACAGAGGCCGUCUUGUUAAACAUGUUGGACAGGAUUUCUCAUCAGAGAUCAUUGCUGAACCGCCUGAACACUGAAGGACUCUGGGAGAUUUCAUUCUGGGAGUCCAGCUGAGCCUAAAAUUACAAGAUAUCCAGUUUAAAGGAAACGUUACUGAUUUUAACACUGUUGAGGCUUUGCUUCGGGAGAGUUUCUGUUUAUGAUCUGUCACAAAUGUGAACUUUCAAG